CGGGGGUUGUCAUUGAGAUGCCGCUCGUGCCCCGCCGGCGCGGCAGCGCUGCGCUCCCGGCGGCAGGUGUGUUUGCUGCAGUCCUGGGAAGCUCCUGAAGUUUCUCCUUCCAGGCAGAUUUGGAAUUAUGUUCCCUGUAUAUGCACAGCCAGUGUGGUGGGAGUGCAGAGUGCCAUGGGAGCUUUAACCCUGGUCCUUGGGCUCAGCUGUCUCCCCCUCUAUAUCUCCAAGAACAUCUUCAGAAGCUGCUCUGUGGAAAAUAGCACCAUUUCUACCAUGGACCAGCAGCCCGCUGUCCCAGUAUGACAGAGCAUGUCCCUGAGGCACAGAGCUCCCUGUCCCAGCAGAAGACACGAGGGAGGAGGUCAGGACGUACGGAACGCCUAGGCUGAGCAGAAGACACGCUGUGAAAGGUAAAUGGGAGAUUUGGAGACUAGCUUAAUCCAUACACGAAAAACAUGUAGAAUAGAGCAAAUGGUAGCAAAAUGGCUUCAUCGCUCUCGGGACAGCGCACCCAGGGAAAACGUGCCGGUGAUGGACAGCACCGGGGACAGCGCAGCCCAGCCCCCCAGCCGGGUCAAAGUCACCGUCACCGUGUACAAGGACCUCGUCCUGCAGCACUACGGCUUUGAGAUCUGUCCGAGCCUUCCCCUGACUAUCGCCUCUGUCACUGCAGGGAGCACGGCCGAAGGGAAGCUGCAGCCGGGUGACCAGCUCCUCAUGAUCAACUCCACCGCAGUGGACGAUGUGUCUGUCGAGCGGGCAGCCAGCAUCAUCAGGGAGGCCGGCGAUGAGCUGCUCCUGACCGUCCUGCGCUGCGCGUCUGGUGGCCCCAAGUCGUCGUUCCUCACCGCAGAGAAGAGGGCGAGGCUGAAAACAAACCCCGUCAAAGUGCGGUUUGCGGAGGAGGUGCUGCUGAACGGACACUCCCAGUGCCUGCCGGAUCCUCCUGUGCCGCUGGGAACGGAACGGUGCUCCCAGGCCACGUGCAGCCGCUGCACUGCCCGCAGUGUUACGGGGAGCUCCCUCCUGUUCAUGCCCAAUGUUCUCAAGGUGUACCUGGAGAACGGACAGACGAAGGCAUUCAGGUUUGAGAGGAGCACCACUGUGAAGGACAUUGUGCUGACGCUGCAGGAGAAGCUGUCCAUCCGCAGCAUCGCCCACUUCGCGCUGGUGCUGGAGGAGCAGUACAGCCUGGCCAAGAUCCACCUGCUGCACGAGGAGGAGCUCAUUGCGCAGGUGGUCCAGAAAAGAGACUCUCAUGACUACAGGUGCCUCUUCAGAGUGUGCUUUGUCCCCAAGGACCCCUUGGACCUCCUGCAGGAAGACCCAGUGGCCUUUGAAUAUCUGUACCUGCAGAGCUGCAGCGAUGUGCUCCAGGAGAGGUUUGCUGUGGAAAUGAAGUGCAGCGUGGCGUUACGUCUGGCUGCUUUGCACAUACAGGAGAGGAUCUAUGCGUGUGCUCAGCCACAGAAAGUGUCCUUGAAAUACAUCGAGAGGGACUGGGGAAUCGAAAACUUCAUCUCACCCACCUUGCUUCGAAACAUGAGAGGGAAAGACAUCAAGAAAGCCAUCAGCUACCACCUGAAGCGGAACCAGGUGCUGCUGGACCCUCGGCAGAAGCACACGCUCACAGCAGCCCAGGUACGCCUGAGCUACCUGCAGAUCCUGGGAGAGCUGAAGAUGUACAGCGGGAAGAUUUUCAAUGCCACCCUGAUGCAGCAGGACAGGGAGUCGUAUGUGGCAUUGCUGGUGGGCGCCAAGCACGGAGUGAGCCAGAUCAUCAACAGCAAGCUCAACAUCAUCACGAGCCUGGCCGAGUUCCCCAGCAUCAGCAGGGUGGAGCUCAGCGAGGAGUCCGAGCGAGUGAGCACGGUCAAGAUCUACUUGCAGGACCUGAAGCUGCUCACUCUGCUGCUGGAAUCAAACAGUGCAAAGGAUCUGGUCUGCCUCAUCGUUGGUUACUACAGACUCUUUGUGGAUGCAAACGUCUCCAUAUUCACGUGGGGAGAGAAAAAACAGCAACUGCAUCGUGUCUCAGCUGAAGAAGGGUAUGAAUCCCGAGCCUGCAGCGACUCUGAAGAUUCCUGGGACCCGGAUUCCUCCUCGGAGUGUCGCACGGACACGGCUGUGGCGUGCGGCAGUGAGGAGGGGCGGGGGGAGCCCCGCAGCCCCGGCGGGAGCAGCGCCGAGCCCCAGGCUGGAGGGGGUGACCCGCGGGCCGGGGGUGACAACGCCACGGACAGCACAUCCGAGGCGUCCGACUCGGCCAACACCGAGAGCCGAGGGGUCAAGACGAGCGGCUCCAGCGACUCCGUGGAUGCGCUGGAGGAAGAUGAGUUGGAAGCGUGCUCUUCCUCCAGGCCAGAGCUAUUCCACUUCUACGCGCCGACCGUGCAGGAGAUGAGCAGCGCGGACCGGAGCUUCGUGCCGGUGCGUGCCGCCGGGAGCGCCGACUUCUUCUGCUUCCUGCAGGUGCCCGGGGACAGCCCCUCGGAGCCGGGCGCGGCCGGGCUGUCCGAGGCGGACCCCGGCGGCUGCUGCAGCCCGGGCUACAGCGCGUCCCCCGCGGGCAGCGCGCAGGGCGGCGGCGCCGGCCCGGGGCACGCAGGGCCCGGCGACCUCGUCCUCAAGCCACCCCCGGGCUUCGGGGACUCCAGCUCCGAGGAGGAGUUCUACGAUGCUGCGGACAGGCUCAGCCCUCCGGACGCGCUGGCAGGUUAUGAUAUGGCAUCCUGGGAGGGUACGGAGAGCUCCUCCUGCAUCCCAAAGAGGCUGAGGUGCUACAGCCUGGGGGAGACCCCAUCGAUGAGGGAGAAGGACGGGCAGGAGAAGGAGCUGACCUACACCAAGAACCUGAGGAAGAGAAGGUCUUUCCUGAAAACUGACUACACCUCUCAGGUCAGUUUCCCUGCAGCUCUCCCAGGCUCUCCACAGCGCUGCUGCUCCUGGCCACCCACUCAACCCUCUACAGAGGACACAGGGAAGGACAUGGACAUGGGGCUUCCUCUGGCCACCCAGGCCCAGAGGGACCCUGCUGGCUCAGACCCCUGCUCUGACCUGAUGGACAUGGAGCCUGACACCACGGAGACAAAGUCAGUGAGGGAAUGGGUGGUUUCAUCUGUUUCGGACAUUCACCAUCCUGGUGACCAGCGUGGGGAGGUGGACCUCCAGCCAGCACACCCCCCUUUGCUGUCCCUGGAGGAAGCUGAGCCCCUUCCCAGAGGUCAGAGUGGAGCUGCUCAGGAAAGCUCCCCAAAGGAGGCAGAUCCCAGGUAUCUGACCGAGGAGAGCCGUGUGCCCACGGGAGGCUGGCAGACCAAAGGGGCGCAGGAGGGGGGGCGUGGGGUGGUGGCCACCCAGCACAAGGUUAGUGUUGUGCCCUCAUCCUGGGAUCCAGAGGGGACCUGCCUCCCUGACAAACUCCUGCUACUGCCACCAGCUCCUGGCCCCAGCAUGGCCCCUCCCUGGGAGCUGGCCCAGGACCAGGGACCGCUCCCUGCGAGUGUGGAGCCUUCCCCCGCUCCCUGUCAGGAGAGCCAAGCCAAUGGUCAGAGCUGUAUCACUGGCAAGGGCAGCGCUGAUGGUGAUCACUGUGCCGAUGGUCAGCACUGUGCUGAGAGCGAGGGCCGUGCUGAUGGUCAGCACUCUGCUGAUGGUCAGUGUUGUGCCGAUGGUCAGUGCCAUGCCAACAGCAGCAGCGAUGGGGCCGUGUCCUGGGCGAGGAGCCCACAGGUGGUGAGUGGGGAGACCCUGUGGAAAGUGCACGAAGGCCACGUGGGGUUCCCAGAGGCAGCCCAGCUCCUGGCAGAUGGCAGCAGUGCCUCGGGGCCCUCCUGGCUCUCGUUCGGGGUGAGGACAGACCCUGUGUCACCCAGCUCACUGCAGGACAGGGUGGAUGACUCACGUGAGCCUUUGGCCUGUCUGAGGACCAGCGGGUGCGUGGGGGCCAGUGCUGUUGGAAGGAAGAUGCUAACAGCCCCUGCUGGAGCAGGCUGCAGCAGGGAGCUGGUGAGCAGCUCUGGGCCGGGUGAAGGGCAGCCCACGAGAGAUGCAGAUGUGACUCAGCCAGAGCCUAGAUGGGCUUCUCUUCCUAGAGAACAGGCUGCGGGGCUGGGGAAGGACUCCUGCCUGGCUCCAUCUGCAGCGCUUUCCCUCUCCUCAGUCCCAGUUCCCUUGGGGAAAGGAGCAGGAGCCCACGGGGCUGCAAAACACUCCUUCCUCUGUCUUAACCCCGAGGAUGGUGAGCAGACCCCUUCACCCCGAAUCCCAGCCGGGCCCUUGGGCUGUUCCCUGGCACCACGUGGGCUGGAGAGCUGUGUCUGCCGGCUGCCCUACAUCAGCUGCUUCCCCCAGCCCCACAACCAGGGGGAGCGUGACACCAGCCCCCCCCAGUUUCCAGGGCCCCUCACCACCCCACCCUCUGGCAGCUGCAGCCUUCCCAGGACCCCUGGGAGCAGUUCCCCAGUCUCCAUUGCUGGGGACGGAGCAGGGCAGGACCCCCACAUCCGGGUGCUUGGGCAGCUGAAGGACCAGGCAUGGAUGAGCCCUGCGGAUUUCUCCCGCUUCCUGGCCUACACUGCGGAGCUCCAGGAGGUUGUAGGGAAGCUCUGUGGGAACCAGGCAACCCACCUGCAUGACCAAUGUGCAGAGCAGGGUGCAGAGAGCAAGGGUGCCCUGGGCUGGGCUUCCCAGGACCUGCUGUCCAGCUGCCAGGCGCUCCUGAGCACAGAGCAGCCUCUCACAGAGAUGCAGCGUGCGCUGAGGGCCACAUUCGACCGCCUGGUUCACCUGGCAGUGACCUGCUUCCAGGUGACACACUGCCGGCGCUGCAGGCAGAGGCAGCAGGAGCUGGGAGCUGCGCUGGGGGAUGUGGUGGGCACCUACCAGCAGCUGGUGCAGGCUCUGCACCAGCAGCUCCAUCGGCAGGUCUGCCCUGAGCUGGGCACCAAGCUCCUUGCCCGCCAGCACACGGCCCUAGCAGCUGCUGUCUUCUGUCUGCUGCAGCAGUUCAGGGCAUCGCCGUGGAUGUGACAGGCUGGGUGGGGUACACGAGGGCACUGAGGGCGACAGAGCCCAGACGUGUGCCCUCUUUCCACCUCAGGCUCUCUCCCAGGCGAUGUUUAGCCCAGGAUGGCCAUGGGAGGAUGUGCCCACACCUGUUGGCUGGGCUCCCCAAGAGCAGCCGUGCCCUGGGGUGCUCUUGGAGCACUUCAGUGUGUGUCUUGCCCAGGGCUCAUCCCUUGCCUCCCACAGGCUGUGCAGGUGAUCAGUCUCACGGUGUUGUCUCAGCUGCCUUUGUCACCCAUGGGGAAGGGUGGGAGCCUUUCAGCCUGCCUUUCAUCCACUCUGCUCUCCAGGCAGGCUCCGGACUAAAGGCACAUCGAACCCACCCUGGCCUAACGUGAAGGACCCCAGGUGGCUUUUUCCACCUUCUGCGGCUGAGGGAACACAGUGAUCCUGUAUCAGCUGCUUUUCCUUAGCAGGAGAGGGCUGUCCCAGCCAGGGCAGCUCCUCUGCUGCCGUGUGCUGAUGAGCGAGACAGGCCCUGAUCAGCUCCACCCCACCCUCGGAGCUGCUCACGGCUCGGUGUCUGCCAGAAGGCAGGGGCAAGCCCCGACACCGUAACGCUGUGGUCGGAGCUGUGCAGGGGCUGUCAGUCGCUGCCUCGGCGAGGACCAGCCCGGUCCCCCUCCCACCCGGCGCACCGCACCUGGCCAGGUGUGAGCUGGAAGGGGUUUUGCUGUGCAUCCCCGCGGGGCAGCACUGCAGUGCCCUUGGGGGGAGGGGGCAGAGGCCGGUCCCUCACUGCUGAGGUCUAGCCUGGGGGUGUUGAGGGGCGGCUGCCUUUCCCCAGGGCGCUGUUGCUGCAGCUGAGCGUGCUUAGGGUGACAGGGGUCUGCACCAGCAGCUGAGGGGCAGGGGUGGGCUGGAGUGAUGGCACCACCUCUCCCCAGGCACCGUAGGGACAGGAGUGUCCCCUGGCUCUGGGACACCAAAGGGGACCAUCUCCAUAUCCAGCUUGCCAAGAGCCCCCAGGGCACAGCGACAGGCAUUUGCCAACACUGACACCACAACACCCUGAGUCCCUGUUGUGGCUUAACCUUACCUUGGGCUAACCCUGGCUUGGGUUAAACCACGACAGCCCCCCAACAACUCCUGCGGACCCCGCUGUCACACGCACUUGGGCACAAGCCUCAAGGCUGUGAAAGGGUCUUGCUGUGAGAGAGGAAUGAAAACACAUAACCAAACUUACCUCAGAUGACCUUCAGGUCCUGCUGCCAGUGGCCACGAGGUUUUAGGGCUUUCGGCAGCAAUGGCUGAGGUAAUGUAUCAACUCAGCUGCACCCAACACACUUCCUUCUGUGGCUGUGGCACGUGUCACUGCUCUGUGCAGGGCACGGCCGAGCCCAGGUACCUCCCAGCAGGGAUGUGGGGGUCAGGGACCUGUGUGUGUCAGGUGUGACGAGGUAUUGCUCAUCAGUAACUGUAGAAACACAAUGGGGAUCUAAACAUUUUAUUUUGUAUUAGAUGCAUACUACUAGCCAAAGGCUUCAACAACUCACCUAGUCUUCACUGGGUUUAAGUUGUUGGGACAUAGUGCCCUUGGGAGCUGCUCCCUGUCCCGCACUCUCCUGCAGGAGCAGCACUGUCCUGUCCCAUGGUAGGGGGUUUUCCUUGCCCAUAAGCUUUGCAAUCCUAACUUCACCUUUCUCUGUUUCAAUAAAAUGAAGAAAACACCUUAAGGCUCUCCUCCCCAUCCCAGAGCAAGUGUAGGUACAGGAGUCACAAACAGCUGCAAAGAAGCAAAACUGAAUUCCUGUCAGUUUUCACUUGAUCGCAGGCUCCACCAGCUUUUGUUUCCUGCUCAAGGGGAUGGGGAUGUCCAGCACUACACUCCUGAGGUAGAAGGUGUCACUCCAAGAAGGUCCUCACACUGCUGGAAACCAAGCUGUCUGCUGUGCACAGUCACGCUGGUGCUUCCUGCCUCUGCAGCUCCUCACCACAAAAUAAAGCAUUUUCUUGGGCAGCA